GUUGUACUCCUCGCAGCCCAGUGCCUGUUUUUCCGCCUGACGACAGCAAAGCCACGCCCCCUCCUGCCAGAACUGAGGAUGGAACUUCGUCAUGAUGACCAGAUUGUCUUUGAUCUCUGCACAAAAAGAAAAGGGUCCAAGAGGAAUGAAGUCUCCACACAUCCCUUCUUCUGCUUCUGUCGCUCAUCUCCUUCACACCUGCAGCAUCUCGACAUCUUUCAUCGAUGACACCAAGCGCUGAGGAGCCGUCUACGACCCCGAAAAGCUUGAAGGAAGAAGAGCUGGAGCUGAAGACGGGUUAGAAGAAGAAGAAGAAGAAGAGGAGGAGGAGAAGGGAGGAGGAAGAAGAGAAAGCUCAAAGACGAUCCCAGCAUGAUUCAAUUAAAUCACUCCAUCCGCUCCUUCUUCUGCUGCUGCUGUGCCGUACAGACCAGGGAGUUCAGCACGCGCAUGGAGCUAGAGGACAGCACCUCCCUGUGUUUCAAGAGCAGACGCUACUCAGGCCACGCCUGCCGGGUGGACAGGUCAAGGAAGAAGCUCCCCCUCCCCCCUCCUGAAGACGAGGACGGUAUAGGCGGGGGACUGCCGAUGGUUGUAGCCAUGUAUGACUUCACUGCCAAAGAAGACACUGACCUCACACUCAAACAGGGAGAACAGUACGUCAUCCUCCACAAACAGGACCAGCUGUGGUGGAGGGCGCAGGACAAGCAUGGGAAUAAAGGCUUCAUCCCCAGUAACUAUGUGACGGAGAGAGACAGAAUUGAAGCUAACUUGUGGUACUGCAAGAACAUCACCAGGACAGAAGCUGAGCAGCUGCUGAGACAAGAGGACAAAGAGGGCGGAUUCGUGGUCCGGGAAUCCAGUCAGAAGGGAGUCUACACCGUCUCUGUCUACACAAAAACCUUAAGUGCCAACGGGGAUAUCAAGCAUUACCAGAUCAAAAUAAACGAGACUGGACAAUUCUUCUUGGCGGAAAAACACACGUUCAACUCCAUACCUGAUGUCAUACACUACCACGAACACAACGCAGCAGGUCUAGUUACGAGGUUGCGGUAUGCAGUGGGGCCAAUGGGGAGGUGUGUUCCUCCCACUUCAGGAUUCAGCUCAGAGAAGUGGGACAUCAACCCCAGCGAGCUGACCUUCAUGAAGGAGCUGGGCAGCGGGCAGUUCGGUCUGGUUAGGCUGGGAAAGUGGAGGGCUCAGCAAAAAGUGGCCAUCAAGGCCAUCAGAGAGGGGGCCAUGUACGAGGAGGACUUCAUCGAGGAAGCCAAAGUCAUGAUGAGGUUGUGCCACCUUAAGCUGGUGCAGCUAUACGGCGUGUGCUUGCAGCAGCGCCCCCUGUUGAUCGUGGCUGAGUUCAUGGAGAACGGCUGCCUGCUGAACUUCCUGCGGCAGAGGGGCGGGACUCUAAAGGAGGCGUGGCUUCUCUCCAUGUGCCAGGAUGUUUGUGAGGGGAUGGAGUACCUGGAGGCUCAGAGUUUCAUUCACAGAGACCUGGCAGCCAGGAACUGUCUGGUCAACGAGCACAAUGUGGUGAAGGUCUGCGACUUUGGGAUGACCAGGUAUGUUUUAGACAACCAGUACACAAGUUCCAGUGGUGCUAAGUUCCCCGUGAAGUGGUCUCCACCUGAAGUUCUUCACUUCAGUAAAUACAGCAGCAAGUCUGACGUUUGGUCCUUUGGUGUGGUGAUGUGGGAGAUCUACUCGGAGGGUCGGACUCCGUUUGAAAAUCGCUCCAACUCUGAAGUGGUUAGUGACAUCACCAGAGGAGUCCGACUGUACCGCCCACACCGCGCCUCUCAGCCGCUCUACUCCGUCAUGUACCUCUGCUGGCACGAGAAGGCUCAAGGUCGACCAUCUUUCUCAGAGCUUCUGGAGGAAAUCAGAAAACUGGCAGAAAAUCCGGAUUAACACAAACAUGUUAUAAUGCUGAUUAUCAAACUGCUUUUACUGUAAAUAAUGAAUAAAAAUAAACUCUAUUUUAUGACUGUAAAUAACUAUUUUAUCAAUAAAAGCUCUCUGACUGA